AUUUUGUGCGCAUGCGCGGGAAAGUGACAAUUGUAGAUGUACCUUAAUGUGAACGUCUUCCCACACAGAGUACUGUUUACUUGAUCGUUUAAUUGUCGAAUCAGUGAGAACAAAAGGAGUAGGAUGUAUAAUACUCUGAUAUGAUUGUCUAAAGAUUAUAAAAAUGUUGACAAAAUUGUUACCCAAUUUUAUUUUGGCGGUUGCCAUCAGAUUUUUAUUGAUGAAUUCUGAAUAUCAAAAAGUCAUUAGCGAACGUGUAGAAGUGUCAACAGCAUUGAAUUCUUGGAAAAGAGUUACCGAGGGAGUUUAUCUAUACAAUUUUGGUAUAGAUCCUUACUCAGGUGACUUAUUCCAUGAAACUCCUAUUUGUCUUUACGUAUUUAAUAUUAUACAACGAUAUUUUCCAUGGUGGGCAUUGUGCCUCCUAUUUGUAGUCACUGAUUUAAUAUCAGCAUUAUGUCUUGCUUAUGUAGGUAAAAAUUAUAAUAAUAACUGGUGUUCAAAGGAAGAAAAAGAUAAAAAACAAGAUGUAUCGCAAGAAAAAGAUGAUGGUACUUCUACAAAAACUGAUAUCGCAUUGUAUAUUUUAAUGGUCUAUCUAUUUAAUCCCUAUAUAAUACUAAAUUGUGUCGGUUUCACAACUACAGUAUUUAGUAAUCUAUUGAAUUCGAUAACUCUAGUAGCUAUGGUACGACAUUCAAUUUUCUGGAGUUGCAUUUCUACAGCUUUAUUAACACUCCAGAAUCUUUAUCCUAUAUCGCUUCUAGUACCAGUUGCUAUUUACAUAUGUAAUAAUAAAUCAAAGAACAAUGUAAAAUCUACCAUUAUAACUUUAAUUAUUACGUUUCUUUCUAUUUUUACAUUAUUACUUGGUAUUUGUUAUUACAUUAUGGGCAGUUGGUCUUUCCUUUGGAAUAUUUUUGGAUUUAUUUUAUUGGCACCAGAUGUACGUCCAAAUAUUGGACUUUAUUGGUAUUUCCUUACAGAAAUGUUUGAACAUUUCAAAUCUCUUUUCAUAGCUUCAUUUCAAAUUAAUGUUAGUUUGUUGUAUAUAGUACCAUUAGCUUUAAAAUUACGUCGUCAGCCAAUUUUAUUGGCAUUCUCUUAUUUAGCCAUAAUGACUAUAUUUAAGUCAUAUCCAUGUGUAGGAGAUGUCGGAUUUUAUAUAUCUUUGAUACCAUUUUGGAUGCAUUUGUUUCAACAUAUGCAACAAGGAUUUAUAAUUAGCUGUUUUAUAUUGGUUUGUACUGGUUUUGCACCUAUCGUUUGGCAUCAAUGGAUAUAUGCCAGAUCAGCAAAUGCAAAUUUUUAUUUUGGUGUUACAUUAGCAUUUGCUGUAGCACAAAUAUUUCUUUUAACAGACAUUCUUUUUGCAAACAUUAAGUAUGAAUUUGCAUCACGACACAAUAUUAAUAAAGAUAUCACUGGAAGUAAAGCUACGUUACUUUUAGAGUGACUUCGAUGGUUUAUGUGUUAUAUAUAAAUAUUUUACUUUAUCAUAAAUUGAAUAUGGCCAAAAUGUAUUAUUUUAUAAAUAAAUUAUUAAGAAAACAA